CAAAGAAAAGACAGAUGCCGCCGCUGCGAGGCGAAGGAGGAACUUGUCUGGUCUUGCGGUGCACUCACUCCCGUUACGAGAAUGAAAUGACGCCCCCCAGCUCGACUCGAGACCAAGACUCCUUACAACUCGCACCAAUAGCGGCACUGAACGGCCGGAGAUUGAUUGAAAAGGCUUUAAGCCCGCCGUGAUUGUGAUCAAGAGCACACACUGCACCUGACCCACUAAUCAUCAUCUCAUCUGACGCGAAGCAAAAAGAAGGGGGAACCCUUCCUUCCCAGCCCAGCUGCCCCUCUCCCCCUAGCCGCCUACCUACUCGUGCUCGUAGCUCGAUUGGGGGUCAAGAGUGUGGUCCGGCGGAAAAACAGAAGUCGUCCGUAUCAAGUGAUACGUGAAUUGCUCAGUAGUGCUUCGCCACUACCGUAGCUGGCGGAAAUAGCUUAAUGGUAGAGCAUAGCCUUGCCAAGGCUGAGGUUGAGGGUUCAAGUCCCUCCUUCCGCUCUUGGCUUCGUCGUUUAGUGAUAACGAGUGGAGUAGGCAGCGAGUAGAGUGCAUAAGCCCCUUAACGAGAUAGAGGCGAAAAGCAAGCAGCCGCGAAGAAUAGGGUUUCCAACCUUUCUUACUAAUAAUAAGUAAUAAGAAAGGGGCAAGCCAAAACCAAAACCUACUCUUAACAGCUGGCUUUUCCGCCGUUGCGCGCUAGCCUUUUCCCUUACUAGUAAAGGUGCUGCAAGUAGUAGCGCGCAGUGUACUAGUAAAUAGGAAAAGCGGAUUGAGAUUACUAAUGACGGGUGGAGGUUGAGGAUAGAACAUGUUCGGUGCCUCGCCCUUGUCUCCUUCGCCGGAGACUAAAAAUGAUGGGAAUUCUAUCGAUAAAGAAGAAGCAUAGGCAUCGCCUCUCGAUCCAAUCCGUCUUCCCUGGCCUCCCCAACACACUCUUGAUACGAAAAAAACCUCCCACCAUAGAGAAGAAAUCGAAAGUAUAGGUCCCCUCGAUCACCCUUUCCUUUGAACCUGAACUGGUCGAGAGAGAUGAACCCGCACCACAUUUUCUAACCUUCGAACCGAAAACCCCAACUAGAGAUGGAAUUCCAGAACCUAAACAACUCAGUUGAGAGCUCCGUGACCGUUCAAGGGAAGGUCCACCAAUGAUUGAUAGGCCAUUCCCCCUUAUCCGUCUCUUGAUCCCUCAUUCCACUAAUCCGUUGUUACUGAUUCAUUCAAGGUUUUUUUAAACGCACUUCUUUGUCUUAUUAGCGCAGGUGUUCGUCAACGAUGAAAGCCGCUGAACUUAAGACUCGAGUUGAGAAAGAGGGCUAGGCUAGGCCCAGGAGAGGAGGGUUUUCCGGGACUGGGGAAGACGGGUGGAUUAUAGAGCUAGGGGCGGAUCGAAGGUUUGUCCAUUGGGAUUGGGCAUGGACGAGCCUCGACUGGGCCAGCAUUGUGAAAUAAAAAAAAAAAAAAACUUCUCCCAUCGCGUCAUUAACCGGUGUAGGAUUAAAGAUCAGGUCCAGGAUUCGAGUAAAAUCGACCUUCCCUCUCAUCCCAGGGUUUGGCAAGGAAUUCAAUCAAAUGUUCGUUCGUUGUUCAAUAUCUCGGCUGCUCAAGAAGUUGGACUAGCUUAGCUGCUCCUCCGACCCGGAGUGGAUUCUAGGGGAAGGGCAGAGCCUCACCUUGCAGUAGGAAGGUCUUCGUUGCUGGGACGGGUUCAAACUGGACUUAAGGGAGGAGGAAUUAAAUACUCCGAUCUUAUUGGGGAUUCAUCACUGGCUAGGGCUUUCGAAUCAAAGCAUGGGCAUCCGCAACUACGAGGGAGCAGUAGAUCGUCGAUUGACGAGCCGGGUCAGUCAACUUCUAUUGAUUAUUGAUUCGACUAGAGGGGCUCCUAGCAGCAAACUUCUAGGAAGGGCCCCACGGAAACGCAGGAGAUGCAGGAACGAAGUCACUCGACCGAAGGAACGAAGUUGCUCGAUUGAAAGGAGAGGAGGGGAAUAUGUGAGCCCGAAGGUUUAUCAUAUGUUCGACCGUAGGGAGAAGGUGCAAAGUUGCUCGCAUUUUAAUUAGAACAAGAAGGAGAGGAGGGGAAUAUGUUCGACCGUAGGGAGAAGGGCGAAGGUUUAUUAUGAGCCCGUAGGGCGACGGUUUAUUAUGAGCUCGUAGGGCAAAGGAACGAAGUUGCUCGCAUUUUAAUUAGAACAAGAAGGAGAGGGAGGGAAUAUAUGAGCCCGAAGGUUUAGAAUAUGUUCGACCGAAGGAACAAAGUUGCUCGCAUUUUAAUUAAAACAAGAAGGAGAGGAGGGGAAUAUAUGAGCCCGAAGGGCGAAGGGAGAAGGGAGAGGAGUGAAUGCCAGCCGGAUCGACCAAUAAAUGGGCCAGAGGGAGGGGCUCAUUCGACUAAUCAGAGAUCCCAGGCCUGGCCCUACGCCCUACCUAACACAGAGAUGUCCCUAAAAAAAUAGGGGAUUGGUUGAUCGGAAAGCUCAGGCAGGAGGAGGUGAAUCGAAAUCUUUCUGAUCCGCUAGCUCUAAAAUUUCUUCAUCGACAGGUAGGGUUUGGUUUUGUCUAAGGUUCCUUCUUCCGGUUGUAAAGCUACAGAAGCCAUUCUCCCUGCUCCACCAGCAGUCCGCGUUUUUGACCCGAAAGGAAUUUCAAAUGAAAGCAAAAUAUGUGUUCACUAUCUACGGAGUGGAGUGACUAUCUAUCCUUAAUCCCCUCUUCCCUAUCUCCCCCUUUUUCCUUUCCUUUUUAAAUCCUUUUUGUAAGGGCGGGAGAAUUCAUUUCUUUUCUUGUAUUGUUUAUUUUGAUUGAUCUGUAAUUCAAGGGCACUCUUCCUAAUUCGAGUUUGAGAUGGAAUAAGACCCAGACGUAGAGUCCCGUCGGCCGGGAAGGGAUUUUUUCUAUUCAUUUUUUUUACUCCCUUCUGGCCUUCGAGGGAAAGCCCUUUCCAGAUGGAGUAGUGCAUCUCUGUCUUGAGAGCCCGCCCUAUAGAUAGGAACUCCUAUCUCUACUGCCUAUCCAACCCGAAGACUCUUUUUCGUGAUGGAGUGCUUCGAAUAGGAUCCGAUCCCUCCUUCCUGACCCGGCUUACCUGCCUCUGAAGCUGGAAUGCCUUUCGUGGAGGAGGCUACCCGAGGAAUCUAAAAAUGGGAAGUGGGAUGUGGAAUGUGAUUGGUGAUGGAUGGUGGUUAUGAAAUAAGUUCUGCAUCAGGUG